CGGAGGAUCCUAUGCGCAUGCGCACAGCUGCCGGUCGGUAGCCCAUCGAUUCUUGACAUCUUUUUGUUUAGAAGUAGACCGAUUUUUAGCCACGAAGCGGAGCAGCCGGUGUUUUUCCUCAAUAUGACGUCACGCGUUGGCCACAAAGCUGCUGCCACCAAUGGAAGUGAUUUGAAAUUCAAAGAGAAGGUAACUUCACACUACCAGAUGAGCACUUCCUUGAAGUCGGAGGUGCGUCGCUUGAACGUGAUCCACCUCCUGGUUUGGUUGCUGGUGGCCGCCCAAGUGGCCGUGAGUCACCACAAGCUGCUGUCGCACGACACCGUCGCCAUGCCUUACCAGUGGGAGUACCCCUACCUACUCAGCGUGGUCCCCCUGCUGUGCAGCAGCCUGUCGCUGCCCAAGAACAACAUCAGCUACCUGGUCUUGUCCAUGAUCAGCGCCGGGCUCUUCUCGGUGGCGCCGCUCAUCUACGGCGGCAUGGAGAUGUUCCCCUUGGCGCAGCAGCUGUAUCGCCACGGCAAAGCGUACCGCUUCAUCUUUGGCUUCUCGGCGGUGACUGUGAUGUAUCUGCUCAUGCUGGUGGCCGUGCAAGUGCACGCAUGGCAGCUGUACUACAUGAAGAAGCUGCUUGACUCGUGGUUCAACGCCACGCAAGAGAAGAAGAAGAAAUGAUUGUUAAAAAAAUUCUAUAUACUUUGUUUGUAUUUAUGCAUCAUUUUACUGGAAUCACAUUAUUGUUUUAUUCUGCUAAUAUUUAAUUUUUUAAUAUUAAGUAAUGCAACUUUAUUCUAUCAACUUUAAUUCUAUUGCUAAUAAUUAUUUAUGGAAUUAAUAAUAUAUAAUAACUUACUAAUUUCUUGCGUCCUUAUCACUUUUGUUCCAUUUCAUUGUAGCUUAAAACUCCUUUCCACUCCUGAGCAAUGAAAAGCGUGUAUCUUCAAGUGCAAUUUUUGUUUGUUUGUUUGUUUUUAUCCAGGCGGCAAGGUGGACGUCUGGUUAGAGCGUCUGCCUCACAGUUCUGGGGACCGGGGUUCAAAUCCCGGCCCUGCCUGUGUGGAGUUUGCAUGUUCUCCCUGUGCCUGUGUGGGUUUUCUCCAUUUUCCUCCCACAUCCCAAAGACAUGCGUGGUAGGUUAAUUGAAGACUCUAAAUUGCCCGUAGGUGUGAUUGUGAGUGCGAAUGGUUGUUUGUUUAUAUGUGCUCUGCGAUUGACUAGCGACCAGUUCAGGGUGUACCCCGCCUCCUGCCCAAAGAUAGCUGGGAUAGGCUCCAGCACUCCCGCGACCCUUGUGAGGAUAGGCAGUGCAGAAAAUGGAUGGAUGGAUCUCAAAAUGUCUCAAUUUGUCAAUUUGGAUAAGCAGAAGGGGAUGUGUGGAUGGAAUAUAAAUACAGUUAAUAAUUAUUUCAUGAAAUUACCAUUUUUGUAUAAUAAUAUUACAGCUUCUUUAUUACUCACAUUUGACUACAUAGUUGUCUAUCUUUAUGACUUUUGUCGCUUUUCAGUGCACUCCAAUACAAUGAAAAGCGUUUAUCUUUGAAGGCAAUGUUGAGUUUGUUUUUAUCCAAAAAAGCUCAAUUUGUUUGGAUUUUAAAGGGAAAAAAAACUCUUAUUUAGACUAUUGGGCGAGCUAACACUAAUGAUGAGGCAGCCUGACGUGAUGGUGGUUCGUUAGUGUUGUAUAACUACUGAAUACAAUCGUUUAUGGAACAUGGGUUCAUGGUGUACAUGCUAGAUGCAUGGUGUUUGAGAUUUAUGGUCCUCUGUAUUUAAAUUGCUUUGCUGUAUUUAAAUUGCUUUGGUAUCUAGACAUUGAGGACACAAAAACACAAGUACGGAGAGUCAUUGAGAACUGUAGGUGUACCAGUAAUGUGAAAAUAAUAAUACUAUGGCAAUUGGUAAAUGGCAAAUUAUAGAAAUUCACAUUCCAUACAUUUUGUGUUAAACGUUGUGUUGAAAUGCACGGUGAAUUAAAAAAAAUGAAUAAAACGUUUUCUUGGAA